AUGUCGCUCGCUCCCAUCUCAGUGCCAGACCGGCAGUCCUCUCCCAGCAUCACCCUGGGCUCAAACAAUCCCUUUCGCAAUCGAGCGACCUCUCCUUCUACGCCUGGCUCCCUGCUGAGCCCAGGUCUCCGUCCGCAGCGACCUCUCUCGACAAACCCCUUCCUCGACGAGACAGAGACUGUCCCUGCCGCCGCCAGCUCGCUCCCGUCGCCCAGCAUGGCCUCCAUGAAGAGCCAGCCAGACACCGAUCUCUUCGAAAACCUCUCCCUGGAGGACAAGGGAAAACGACGUCCGCCACAGCGACCUGAAAACGUACCUCCAACCUCCUCGUCCUUCUCCGGCAGCAGGCCGCCCCCGCAGAACCGUCGUCCGUCGAACCACGAGUCCUCCCGCUCCAGGUCCGGCAAGACAGGCCAGCUCAUCGACGUCUUUGCCGACCCGGCUGAAUCUAGGGCCAAUUCCCAGCGUGAAAGGCGGCCCCGUCGCAACUCGGACUCCUCGCUCAUGGAACGGCCAAAGCUGCUCGACCCGGACGAGGAGCGGAGGCGCCGUGAGCGUCGACACCGAGAGCGGGAGGCCAGACACAAGGACGGCAAGUCUCGCUCCAGACGAGGCCACAACUACAAACUUGAUAUCAUCGACAAGCUCGAUGUCACUGGAAUAUACGGUCCAGCUUCAUUCCACCAUGAUGGCCCGUUUGAUGCCUGCAACCCGCACCGCAACCGUAAAGGCUCCCGCACUGCUCCCAUGCAGGCUUUCCCCAAGGACUCCCGCAACAUGGCCCUGGGUGGCGCCGGGCCCAACAACAACAAGCUCGAUCUUAACCAGAUCCACGGCCGCGGCCAGGAGGGCUACUCUGACUUCUCUACUGGCGUAGGGCCAGGUUCGGCCAUCUCCUCUUCAGCCAUGAAGGCUGACGCCGCCGUCGCCUUCAACCCAACCAGCCAGAUAGAACAAGUCCACAGCGAUAUCAGUCUAGGUCUAGGAACAUCCACUUUCCUCGAAGGCACUCCCGCCAGUCGUGCUGCCAUCCAGCGCAACGAAACCGAGACAGAGACCCAGCAGGCAGGCCUCCAACGCAAGAAAUCUCUUGCCCAGAAGAUCCGCGGAAUCAACAAUCGCAGCAUUGGCGGCGGCAGAGUCAUGUCCCCCGAACCACUUUCGUACCGUCGCACUUCAGAGGCUGCAGAUAACCCGCCACGAUACGCUCCUCCACCGCCGCCGCGAGCGACCAGCUCGCGUAGGGCGAACACAAACGAUAAGAACCCUUUCUUUAACCAAGACUACGACGACGCAUAUGAGAUGAAGUCCGCAAAGAUUCAGAACCAGCAGCUCAUCGAUACCGACGACGGGCCCAGUGGACGGCCCAGAGCCACCAGCAGCCCUCGACGCCUCCCGGAAAGGAAGGAGAGCAGUGAUGGAAUGACUAGCCCAACUGCAGAGGACCGGGAGACCAAGCCUGCCAGCGGAUUCAUCAAUCGCGUUAAAAGCUUGAGAAAGCCGAGAGCGAGAUAA